GAGAGGAUAACAUCACAUCUCAGCACAUCACAACAGAAUCAGCCUGAGAAAUCAGGACUGUGCAGUUAAACCUGACUCAGACCGGUCUGGAUCUGAUCUACUGCAUAUAACUACAGCUGACAGGCGGGCAAGACUUCUUCGCGCGUGGAGAAUGGAUAAGCACAAAGUGCUGGAGCAGCUGUUGGAGCAGCUGCAGAAGUUUCUGAAGAUCCUGGAUGUAGAGAAGCUGAGUGGAAAUGCCAAAGUACAGAAGGGCCUUCUGAUGGAGCUGCUGCAGUCCUACAAGUCUUCCAAUGCAGGAGGAGAUGAAGAAUACAUCUACAUGAACAAGGUCAUCGUCACAUGUCAAAACCAGGACCGAACAAACAGAGACCACAGACCUGAAGCCAAUGGAGAUCCCAGUAAACCCAUUUCUGUCAAGAACCCACCUGAGCCCCCUCCUCCCAGACCAUGCAACAUGGGAAGGGAGCCCUUUCCUCUUCCUCCAGCUCCUGCUCCAGCCUCUAUGGAGAAUGAAAGUUACUAUGAAGAUCCUCAACCCUAUGACCCUAUAAGCAUCAACGAUUUUGGUUGCUUUGCCGUCAUUACAGGGCUCAGGAAGCGUGUAGAAGCUUCAAACGGUGUGGUCUAUGCUGUGAUCACUCGGGAAGACACAGAGCAGCUAAGCAGCUCAUAUGAGUCGUAUGAUGAGGAGGAGGUGACGAAGGGUAAGUCCACAGCGCAGCACCAGUGGCCUUCGCCUGAAGCCUCCAUCGAGCUGAUGAAGGACGCGCGGAUCUGUGCUUUCCUCUGGAGGAAGAAAUGGCUUGGGCAGUGGGCCAAACAGCUGUGUGUCGUCCGCGAACACCGGCUCCUGUGCUACAAAAGCUCAAAGGAUCAGACUCCUCUGCUGGAUAUCAGUCUGCUGGGCUGCAGUGUGGUGUACAAAGAGAAACAAACAAAAAGAAAAGAGCACAAGUUGAAAAUAAGUCCACUGGGUGGAGAGGCCAUCGUCCUGGGACUGCAGAGCAAGGAGCAGGCCGAACAAUGGCUCAAGGUUAUUCAGGAAAUUAGUCCGAAAAACACAACAGGAUCUGAUGUAACCGACUCUCCAACACUCAUCUGUACUAAGGGUGAGCAGAGCGAGCGUUACUCCGUGGCAUCUGAGAGCGGCAGCAGCACAGACAGUCAUGCAGAGAACCUGGAGAACAAAGAUGUCAAGAAGAAAUAUGGCAAAUUCAGUAAUCUGAUGAACAUUGGAAAAAAGAAGGUUUGCUCUUUGGAAAGUCCAGAGAAGAGUGUGGAUACAUCAGGCUACCUUAACGUCCUGGUGAACACCCAGUGGCGAAGCCGAUGGUGUUCGGUGAAGGACAGGCAGCUUUGGAUCUACAGUGACAAAGGCAAGGGCAAAGUGGCCCAGCAGCCACUGUCUCUGGAGGGGUGUAUGGUCUUGCCAGAUCCCAGUCCUGAACACCUCUACUCUUUCCGCAUACAAAUGGAUGGAGAGGAGCUCGCAACCCUAGAAGCUAAAUCCUCGGCUGAUAUGGGCCACUGGCUCGGGCUCAUACUGUCACAGACUGGCACCAAAACAGACCCAGAAGAUCUCAGCUACGACUAUGUGAACUCAGAGAGGAUAUCCAGUAUUGUCAAUGCUGCCAAGACAUCCAUGUAUCUGAUGCAAAGGAGGUACUCCGAGCCCAACACAUACACAGACAGCCCACCGUCAGACCCUCAAAACUGCGAUGACAUAUAUGAUGAUGUGCCAUCUACAGAAACUGAGCAGGAGGAGGUUCAGGAGGUUCAGAAUGGCAGCGAGGAGGGAACAGUAAAUGCUGAGGAAGAGAAUGGGAAGGACAGAGUUUAUCUGGAUCUGAUCCCGCUUCGCUCUUUCCUGCAUACUAGCUCGGGCAGGGUGUCACCACAGACGUCCAGCACCACACAGCCAGAGAUCAGUCCCUCAACCGCCCCGCAUUAUGAUGAUCUGCUAAAAGAGCCUGUAUAUGAAAGCUCAUUACCGACCAGCACAGAAAAUGGAGUCCCUCCACCUGUUGCCCCAAGAGUGGACAUAGACCCCUCCCCAGUCCCCAAUCUGCACAUCCAGCCUCAAAAAAUCAGUUUCCCCGGUCAGGAAAUCCAAAAGAAGGCCUCAUCCACCUCACCGCUACCCAAAACCCAGUCUCUUCCCCAGACAUCAGCACAAACCCCUCAGAGUCCACCAACCUCCAGAGCUAGAGCCGCCAGCACAGACAGACUUCUCGACAGACUCAAGUUCUCUCCAGCAGCAGGUCCGGGGUCAGUUGAGGUUAAAUUAGGGAAGAACAGGACAGAGGCCGACGUGCGGCGCUACACUGACGAGAGAGACCGGCUGGAGCGAGAAAGAGAGGAGGUUAAAAACACUCUGGCCACCCUGAGGAAAGACAGACGAGAGGUGAAAGACGAGCUCAGCUCCUGCCAAGACCCCACUCAGCAGGCCUCUCUGGAGGCUCAUCUGAAGCAGAUGGAAGAGACGUGUCGUGAGGCGGAGCGUCGGCGAGUGGAGGUGGAGCUCAGCCUGAUGGAGGUGAAGGAGAAUUUGAGGAAAGUGGAAUCUGGACCCUUUACACUGGGCACCACUGUGGACAGCAGUCUACUGGAAAUUUCAGUGCCCAAGUCGGCACCUGUGUCCAGCCCUGCUCCAAAUACACCCAACAACACCAACACCAACACCCCCGUCUGCCCCAACAACGGAGAUUCACCUGUCAACUCAGCCACAGCCCUGAAGAACAGACCCCUGUCCGUCAUGGCACCCAGCAAAGGAAAUGUUUUACAGAAGGCCAAGGAAUGGGAGAAAAAAUCCACAACCUAGUGAAUGGAAACACUGAGCACAAAUGGACUUUUUAGGAAAAGCUCAAAGGACUGCUAAGCAAACGCUUCAAGGAGGGCGGGUGAGAAAGGGGGGUGUGGCCAAUGACCUGCAGGCCCCGCCCCUCUGAAACAGCACCUUCCACUCAUUCCUGCUUUUCUGCAAUCGGAGGCUGAGAUGGUACUAUGUACAUGCAGGCAGCUCAUCCAAGACUGUACUUUCUGUUCCCUGCCAAAAAAAAAAAGCGCCACUGGACAAUUCAGAUUUAAAUCAAGACAUUCUUAGGUAAAGGGAAGGAAGGGAAUAAUUGACAUUUUUUCAGUGGCGUGUACAUUAUUUGACGGAUACAUUGCAAGCUUGUAAAGUGACCAAAAAGACGACUUCGAGGACCACUAUUUUUAAGAUUCAAACCUUCAAUCAGACAAUUGGUACAUUGUAGCUUGGUUCAUGUAUGCUGGUAACCAAGAUGUGAAUAUAUAUACAUAAAUUACAUAUCCGUUCAGUGUUUUUUGGAUUUGUUACUGUACGCUAGCUGAAAAAAUGCACUUUUUAUUCAAAUAAAAGUUUGUACUGACAAAAA